GUCUCCUCCUCAGAUCCUGUCACCGUGGAAGUUCCCCCCAAGAGCCCUGAUGGGAGUGAGAAGUCUCCUCAGUCCAAGGAGCUACUGACCAGUAACACGGCCAGCACCCUCUGCAUCAGCUCCCGGAGUGAGUCCGUCUGGACCAGUGCAUCAAGAAGCAAGUGGGACAUAUACCACAAGCCCGUCAUUGUUGUGUCUGUUGGAGCAGCCGUCUUCCUCUUUGGGAUGGUCAUCACCAGCCUGUCUUGCAUCCAAAUCAGGAACAAAAACAUUUACAAAAUGUGUGGCCCGGCUUUCCUGUCCUUGGGACUGAUGCUCCUUGUUUGUGGCCUUGUCUGGAUCCCCAUCAUUCGGAAGAAGCAGAAGCAGAGACAGAAGUCACAGUUUCUGCAGAGCCUCAAGUCCUUCUUCUUUAACCGCUGA